CUUCACUGUAUAACCAGUGUUUGUAUAAUUUUGGAACGAUUCCCUGAACUCAACUGGCGUUGAAUUUAACAGUUAUUGAUUAUACCUGCUUUCGUUAUCCAACAUUCAGUCUACUCUGUUGACCCACUUGCAAACUCACAUAUUAUUAUAACUGGACCGUUUCCCAGACAACGAUCCUACUAUUUAUUCUGUUUAUUCGCACUGCGCAUUAUUUAUAAAUCGACGUUUGAAUAUACUUGCAUAAAAGUUUAUGUAUUUGGCACUUUGAAUCAUUAGGUUGGUGAACGUUCAGUAUGGCUGGCAGGAAAAAACGCAACAGCAGUAGCACACAACGUAAAUCCGUUCAGUUUCAUGGUCCUUCCAAAUCAAAUGCAUCCAUAGACACUGUGAUGCAUCCAAGUUAUUCUAAUUUUCAAGUGCCCUAUCCUGUCAUUUGCCGACAACGCUAUCAUUGGGACAAACUUCGGUACGAUAAGCAAUUCGAGUAUGAAUUGAAAAUGUUGGAACUGAUGCAGAACUCGGCCUAUGAUUCGAUGCGUUUUCAUAGACAUGUGGCAAUUACCACGCUUUGGCCACCGCUGCACACGAGAAAGGAGAUAGAAUUCGUGUUGAACAAUUUCUUUCGCCUACCAGAUAAGCAAACUCGUCGCUUGAAGAAAAUUAUGAACUCGUCGGUAUAUUGAUGUUAAAGGUUCGUCAUUUCAAGCUUAAAAUAAAUUCCAGCUAGUAAAAUAGAAUAAAUGCACAACGUGUCGAUAAACGAAUUAGAAUGACCAAGCUUUUAAAGGUUUCCUUUAGUGUGUGAGGAAGUUGUUUUUAAGUUCCGCAAUUGUCCGUGAAGAUUUUUUCCACAAUAUUACUAUUUUAGUCAUAGAAUAAAAGGCUAUCAUUCCCAUUGUCAUGGACGACUUUUUGUGAGAGAAUUUACAAGAAACAUGUGGAAUGGAGUAAACAUACAUUAACGAAACAUUUCAACUGAUGAUCAAUUAAAAUAUAAAUAAAUUGUGUACCUUGAUUCCAACUUUAUAAACGUUCCCCAUCUGCACUCAAUUGAUUGCUUAGACGGUAAAUCUCAAAACAAAAACAACCAUUAACGUACAAUAUUUUACGUAAGAAGUACGAAGAAGAUAAAAAUAGCUCAAUAUUUUAUUUAACCAUUAUUCCUAAGUAUUAAAUAUUAAACGUUAUCU